AUGAUGGCGAUAACGCUCAAGGAGACAGCAAUGAAUGGUGGCCUUGAUUUGUGUAAUCGCGAACUGCAGGAUAUGAGUUCUCGUCAGCCUGUCGAGAGCCUGAAUGGGCUUUUUGAAAUCAAUUCCACUGGCCAUACCGUGCUUUUAGCUGUGCUCGACGAGCUUAAUGUCCUACGCGGGACCGAUCAUUCUAGUGCGAAGCAGUAUAGCGCUUACCUAACUGGCGAUUUGCGACACUGGAUGAGAUCUAUGUCUCUGAUAACAGAUUUAAUCCCUCGUCAGGAUGCCCAGGGAUGGCUUGAAUUUACUUGUGAUACACUACGACGAUGUUCUAUACAACAGGGUAACAUUGGUUCUACGGUCAGAUUGUAUAGAAGAGCCCCCGUCGACGAUUCAAACAAAUUGAAACUGUUGAAAUCGGCCUUCUUUAGUCUUUCAUAUAAUGUGGUGGUCAUGGGGGACUCCAGUAUUGAGAAGAAUUACAGCGUGUCCGUGGAGGCUACCGCAUUGACUGGGGUUGAGGUCGGAAACUGCUUCCACCGUCACCUCCAAUACGCGCAAGAAAUGUUUCUACGCAGAACCUUUUGGGAAAGCACGAGCCAUAACGUAAGAAUGGGUGGACAGGCCUUCAAGAACCUCAAUUGCCCGCGCAUGGCGCCAGCUGCCUACCACAGCAUCAAGAUGCACGCCACCACUGCACUGAAGACAGUCUUUCCGCACGUUGUCGUGCCCACGGAGAUGCCAGAAAAGCCGGACUUUGGAGACGUCGACUUUCUCGUCUCUCCAGCCAAGAGCACCACGAUGGACAAAUUUGACUGGAUCACUACCGUCGAAUCCAUCAAAGCCAUUUUCGGAACGACUCACGGCCGUCGCGGUUUCCUGACCCCAGACUGCAUGUACUUUGCUAUUGCUGCAGAUGAGGAUCAUGACUCUUGGGUCCAGAUUGACGUCAAGGUGUGUUUCAAGCCCGAGCUGUUCACCUGGUGUGCAUUCGAACAUAAUUAUGCAAGUCACAGCAAGGUCAUUGGAAGUUUGGUCAAGCCCUUGGGCCUCACGCUCGAUCCUGAAGGCAUCCACAUCCGCGUCGAGGAAAUGGAAGACACGAAUUUCCCAGGCAGCAUGGUUUGGAUCAACAAGGAUCCCAAGGACAUGUUGAGGAUUGUCGGGCUGGACAGACGACUGCUUGAUGCAGGCUUCACUACAAGAACUGAGAUCUACAAAGCCUUUACAAGUUCCUGGUUAUUCAACCCAGCGCACUUCGUUGCCCGUCUAACCGAUAAGAAGUAUUCUCAACGUCUAGAAGAUCGCGCACCACACUGGAUGCCCUUUCUUACAGAGUGGCUGCCGACGCUUCAUCCCGGUUCUCACGACUCUGCUGAUCAUGGGGAAGAGCUUGAGACAUGGUACAAGCGCACACGCGCUGCCGUCCGAGACAAGGUCUUUACCAUGUUUCCACCCAUCGCAGCGCAGUACUAUAACAAACGGGCCAUCCACAUCAAGGAAGCGGAAGAGCUCAGGCUCCGCAAAAUAAUCACCGCAGCCAUACCAGUCGGUACGAACGGGUGGAAAGACGAUCUCCCUCAGCCAUUGAUCCUAAUCAAACAGCAAGAGCCCUCGAUGUCUCUGCCACAAACAGAUGCGCUCGGAGAGCCCACUCCCCCUAUGACGCCUACAACGUCCAACGAUGAUCCAUUCAACCACACCACACAUCCAGUAAACGUUGGACGAGACUACACUCCACCCCUAAGCCCAACUCCUCACUCUCACUCCCUCCCUCCCUACCCCCCAACCCCACUCCUACUCCUCGACCCCCUUCCGCGCUCCCCCCCACACCCAUACCUUCCCCGCCCCCCACCCGCCACAAUGUCACCCUCUGCCAAACUCCUCUGCCUCGCCCGCUGGACUGCCUUCGACCCGCAAACAGGGCAUCCGUAUCUCCUCUCCGCGCCCCACCCCAAGGACUUCACCAUGCAUUGGGCAGAUGCGGCGUACGCAGGCGCUAGCGACGAGCUCCUCGUACACUGGACUAGCAGUAUGUGGUGGUAUGUUUGGAGUAGGCAGGCGAAUGUGAAUUUUGUAGGGAUGUGGAAGAAGAGGUUUGAGAAGGAGGAUAAGAGGGCGCAGGAGAUGGGAGGGCAGGGAGAGGGGGAGAAGGUAGGUGCGGCGGCAGAGGAGAAGAUGGGGGCGAGGUUGGUAAGGUUGAAUAGGAGUUUGAUGGGGGAUGUUGAAGCCGGUAAUUUGAAGGGCAGGUUUUGA